AUGCCCAUCAUAUUUGGGUUAAGGAUGGUAUCAGUUUUAACAGCAGCAGUAACCCACCUGAAGGCAGAGUUACGCCGCUUACAGAAUAACAAAUACAUGGAUUCUACUAUCUGUGAAAUGAAGGGAACCAGCAGCCAUCACUCUGAGGAAGCCAAAACUGAACAGUGUGAAGGGGGAAGCUUUGAUUAUAGCAGCGGAAGUGGUGUUGUUAUGGAAGUGCAGGUCUUAGGCCUCAAGAACAUGGUUUAUCAUUUGGAAAAGGAUAAAAAACAACUACAGAAUGAGUGCAAGAUCAUGGAACAGCAUGUUGAUCAUUACAAGAAAAAGGCUCAGGAGUGGAAAGACACAGCCACGAAGGAAAAGAAACUGGGGGAGAAGAUGACAAAGGAACUAGAAAGCAAGCGAGCUGAGAUAAAGCAGUACCAGACAGCAAUUGAGGAGAAUCGUAGUACCAGCGAAAGGCAGAAGUUUGAACUUGGUCAGCACAGGGAAACGAUUGCCAAGUUGGAGAAGGAAAAGCAAGAGCAUUUGCAGAAGAUGCAUGAUUCCACUGCAGUCACUAGCAGCAUAAGGAGGCAGACUAUAUUAGGACCAGUGAAGGAAGUGACUUCAGACUUUAGUAAAGGUGCAACCAAUUAUGAAGAAGGAAAGAGCAGGAGUACUUCCAUGGCUCCCAGUUCUACAGGAAACCAGCUGCAUCUAGGAACUCACAAUGCACCACUUCCCAGUCAGACAAGAAUUGAGCGCCUCCCGGGUGCUAAAAUUCCAUCUGCCGAAGCUCAGAAAACUGAUGGCAAGGUUCCAAUGUGGCAGAGUUUAAACAAAGAAAAUAAGGAUUACUCUAAGUACUAUCUCCCAUCUUCCACAAAAAAGAAACAGGAUGAGGAAUGCAAAACGCAGUGAUUUCCUACAUGUUUAAUUUAAUUUCAUACUAAGGAAGUGCGAUUUUGUUAGGAAUAUUUUUGUAUUAGUUUCUGUAAUCUAAUACAGUUAUCAGCCUGUUCUGCUACUUGCUAGAGGGAACACUUUCUUCAUUAUAAAAUUUAUGUCUAAGAUUAAGAAAAAGUGAAUCGGUAUCAUCAUAGUACUGGUCAUCACCUAGAAUUAAUUUGCAAUUUUUUUUUAAAGACUGCUAUUUUCUAAGAGAACAUGACAUAUUUUAAGUUUGCUAAUUACAUUGAUUGAACUUUUAUUUCCUCUAAUACAAUGGACUUUUUUUUACUUCAGAUUUAUCUUUUAUUCAUUCUUGCCCAUCCUAUACCUCUUUGUACAUACACUUUGUUUUAUAUUAAAAAUGUAAAUAUUUUAAAAUAAAA